AUGCCGCCGCCGCCCACCCCCUGCGCCGCUAGCGCUGAAGCCGACGCCGCUGCCCUCCCCACCCCGGGGCCCCGGGCUGCAUCCUCCCCAGGACUGCGCGGGGGCGGGAGUUUAGCCCGCUCCGACGACCGCGUGGGGGUGAGCCCGCCCGUCGCCCGACCCCCGGCCUCGACCCCCGGGCUUCGGCCCGCCCGCCCAGGUUCUGCCGCCCCGGCCAACCCCGCCGACGCCGCUCCGCGGACGCGGACGAUGGCUUCGACACAGCUCCUGCUCGAGCUCUCUCGCCGCUUCCGCCUCCAGCAACCGCGCCCCGACCCCGCCCCGAGGUCGCCCCAGGCGCAGGCCCGCCCCGAAGGGUCCCGCGCUCGGGGCACUCCCGGUUUGUCACGGCGGAGGCACUGUCCCAGCGGUGCAGCGCGACCCCGCCCACACGGCAAGUUCCCGGCCCCUGCGGCCUUGCUGCUUUCCGGAACACCAGCCCAGGAAAAGGCGGUGCCAAAAGGGCUUCCAGUUUCCGCCCAUCCAUAAAGAUAAGGAAUUGAGGCCUUGAGCGAUGAAUUAACUGGCCCAAGUGGUGGAAAUAGUGAUUUUGUACUUGAGCCGUCUCACUGCGUAGCCCAUGCU